CGUGAACUCAGUUCAGUUUCGUUCGGAACUCGGGCGCGAUCGGUAUCGCCUUUUGGCACAUUUUCGGUCGCUUGGUUUGCUUUGUUUUGACGCGCUCGAUCGCCUUCUACGACCGACUGUUUUCUGAUUGAGUCGGGUCUAAUCUACAACCAAGACUGCAUCGCCUCCUACUAGAGAAGCUCGAUAACAUCGAAGUGCCAUGUGAGUGACCCGUGAGAGCGAAGAGAAACGAAAUCAGUGCAAAACAGUGAGUGAGGUUAAUGACGGUUAAACAGCAACAACAACCUGCCGAUGGAAUGGGUCCCUCUCCGAUACGGCCUCCGUCCCAUUUUUCCGCCAAUUCUCGAAACUCGAUGAUGUCUUCGAGUGCGGCUUCCCUCGAAGCGGCAAGCGAGAGCAAACGGCGCUCAAUCGUGAUACUCUCACUGAUUGCGACUUGUACGUUCCUGUUUGUGCUGUGUCUGUGUCUGCUGAGUGCCCUCGUGUUGGUCGGCAAAAACUUGUCGGCACAAACGUCUCCACUGCUGCUGUCUUCGUACUUUAGCAGUCAGCAAACGUCAGCCGGCGAAGUUGGCGGUGCUAAACAAAAGACGCCCAAGAGCAUCGAUCAUUUUAAUCGGCCUGCUUUGUUCGACGAAGAUAGUCAGCUAUCGCCGGACCGUGCCCCCGAGGACAACCGCACUGCGCUCACACUGCCAAACUCGGUGUAUUCUGGAUCGUCACCGCCGGGAAUGAACGUACUCAAAAUGGGCUCCAAGGUGAUUGAGAAGCUGACGUUCCGGCUGCCGCGGCACAUCAAACCGCGCCACUAUGAUCUGCUGAUGCGGCCGGAUCUGGACCAGCAGACGUUCAGCGGAGCGGUCGGCAUCGACGUGACCGUGAGCGAGCCGACGGAUUAUUUCGUGGUGCACAGCAACCUGCUGACCAUCGGCGAAACGGUGCUGAAACGGACGCUGCCGGACCGGUCCGAGCAGGCCGUGCAGAUUCGGCGAGCGUACCCGUACGAACCGCACCAGUACUGGGUCAUCGAGACGGAAAGUGUCGAGGCGGGCGAGUACCGGAUCAGCAUGAACUUUAGCGGAAGCCUGGCCAACCGGAUUGUGGGCUUCUACAGCAGCUCCUACCGGGACAAGGGCAGCAAUACUUCCAGAAAAAUCGCAACAUCCAAGUUCGAGCCAACGUUCGCGCGUCAGGCCUUCCCGUGCUUCGACGAACCCCAGCUGAAAGCAACGUACACCAUUAGCUUGGUCCAUCCGUCCAGCAAUGGGUACGAGGCGCUGUCCAACAUGGACAUUGAUACCAUUCAACCAAACACUCCGUCAACUGGGCUCAGCACUACCGUGUUCAAUCCGAGCGUUCCGAUGAGCACCUAUCUGGUGGUGUUUAUCGUCAGCGACUUCCAGCAUCAAGCAACUCGUAUCAUUCCGAAGAUUGGUAAUCAGUUUGACCUGCGUGUGUACGCCACCCCUUUCCAGCUUGAUAAUGUUAGAUUUGCCCGGGAUACUGCCAAGGGAGUUAUUGAGCACUACAUCGAUUACUUCCAAAUCGCGUAUCCGUUGCCGAAGCUGGAUAUGGCCGCCAUUCCGGACUUUGUGUCGGGAGCUAUGGAGACGUGGGGCUUGGUAACGUAUCGGGAGACCAGCUUGCUGUACGACGCAGCAACGAGCUCGACAGCCAACAAGCAGCGCGUGGCCGAAGUCAUUGCCCACGAGUUGGCCCACAUGUGGUUUGGAAAUCUGGUCACGAUGAAGUGGUGGAACGAACUGUGGUUGAACGAGGGAUUCGCCAGCUACAUCGAGUACAAGGGAGUGGACAGUGUCUAUCCGCAGUGGGGCAUUAUGGAGCAGUUUGCGCUGGAUAAUUUGCACGGAGUGCUCAAUUUGGAUGCCACGAUCGGAUCGCACCCGAUCGUUGUGAAGGUUGAGAGCCCGAAUCAAAUUACGGAGAUCUUUGACACCAUCACGUACUCUAAGGGCGCGUCGGUGAUCCGCAUGUUGGAGGACUUUGUGUCGGAACCGAUCUUCAAACAGGGUGUUACAGCCUACUUGGACAAGCUCAAGUAUAGCAACGGAGUGUCGGAUGAUCUCAUGGUGGAGCUGGAUAAACUGUUCGCGGACGCAACGGGAGUGACCGUUGCGCAAGUUAUGGACACCUUUACCAAGCAAAAGGGUUUCCCCGUUAUUAAUGUUGUUAGAAGCGGGAAUCAAUUCCAUUUGAGGCAAUCGCGUUUCCUAGCUGAUCCGGAGGCGAAGGAAACUGAACCAUCGCAGUUUGACUAUAAAUGGUACGUUCCGCUGACUUACAUUACCUCCGAAAGUCCCGACACGGUCAAACGCGACUGGUUCCCGCACACCUCGUCAGUUGUGUACGUCGAUCUACCAAGUGGAACUAACCCGUGGAUCAAGUUCAACCACAAGCAGGUUGGUUACUAUCGUGUGAACUAUCCGGCUGACGUUUGGGUCCAGUUCGGGGACGCUCUGGUGGCCAAUGUGAACACGUUUUCCACUGGAGAUCGUACCGGACUGUUGAACGAUGUCUUUGCACUGGCCGAUGCUUCGAUGUUGAAGUAUGAUUUGGCUCUUGAGAUGACCCGGUAUUUGGCCCAGGAGCAGGAGUACGUCCCGUGGGCAACGGUUGCGAGCAAAAUGAAGAACAUCCGAAACCUGAUCUACGAUUACGAAUCUUACGAUGAUAUCACGACCUACGUUCGCAAGCUGGUCCAAGAGGCGUACAAUGUCGUUGGUUGGGAAGUGCCACAAGAUACCACUGGAGAAAACCACAUGAGAAACCGUCUCCGUACCACCAUCCUGGAUCUGGCCUGCUCCUUCGGCCACGAAGAUUGUCUCGCCGAAGCAAAAACUCGCUUCGAAGGAUGGCUCAACACGGGCGCGUACAUCCACCCUGAUCUGCGCACCGUAGUGUACUACUACGGCGUUCAGCGAUCGGGCUCGGUCUCGGACUGGGAAAAGGUCAAGGAACGGUUCCGCGCGGAGAACGAUGCCAACGAGAAGGCCAAGCUGAUGAGUGCGCUGGCCGCCUUCCCGGACGCCAAGGUGCUACGUCGGUUCCUGGAAGAGGCGUGGGAUGCGACGCUGGUUCGCGAGCAGGACCAUCUGAGCUGCAUCCAGAACGUGGCUGCCAACAAGCACGGCGAACAGGUCGCGUGGGACCACGUGCGCGAGAACUGGAACCGGCUGGUGGAACGGUACACGCUUGGCGAGCGGAACCUUGGCCGCAUGAUUCCGUCCAUCACGGGACGUUUCUCGACCCGGGUUCGGCUGAUGGAGCUGGAAGACUUCUUCGCGCGGAAUCCGGAAUCGGGCGCGGGAGCAACUGCCCGGGUGCAGGCGCUGGAGAACAUCUCCAACAACAUGAAGUGGCUGGAGCGCAAUCAGAAGAGCGUUGCCGAUUGGCUCAAGACUGCCGUUCAGACGUCGGUGAGACGAUAAAUUUUGUUUUGUUUGUUAGUGGAUUACGCUAAUAAAUGUGAUACCGUUUA